AUGGAUGAUGGGGAUUGGGACGAGUUCUGGGCGGAGCUCGACAUCGAUCCCGACAAUGACUUGAAAAGCUCACUGGAACUCGAUCCAUUCUCACUUGAGGAAUGCCAUAGGGUCGACAGCGAAAACAUAUUCUACCAGCCUUUGGCAGAGGAUGAGAUUCGCUUGCUCACCGUCUGGCCCGGAUCUUUUGGCGAUACGGUCCGUUGCAGCCUCGCUGUCACAACGACAACGCGCGGGUAUGAGGAGUAUGACGCGAUCUCUUACACUUGGGCAGGCGACGACGAUAUCAUUGACAAGUCGGGCCGGGUCUCUAUCGCUUCGGAAGAUUUCCCAGUUACUCCAAACUGCGAGGCCGUGCUGAGGCGGGUUCGGCAGGAAUGGACACCAAGAAUAGUGUGGAUCGACGCUAUCUGCGUCAACCAAGACGAUCUUCACGAACGAGGACGUCAAGUCAGCUUGAUGCCGCAGAUAUACUCGCGUGCGCGAGAAGUCAUUAUUUAUGUGGGAGAAGCGACCAGCGAUAUACCGGCACUGUUCAAACACCUCACCUGGGCUCAACACAACUCGACGCCGGGUAACCGAGAAGAGACCCAGGAAGCUUUAGUGAAAUUCCUCAGUCGUCGGUACUUUUCGCGGGCGUGGGUCAUCCAAGAAGUUGCACUGGCAAGACAGGCAGCACUUGUGUGCGGCAGCCACACAUUGUCAUGGUCUUUGGUCCAUGUGAGCAACUUGGCCGCUCGCGGUCUUUUAUCAGGCUUAGUAUCAGAGGAUGGGAUGAUACCAGGAUUGCAAGCGCUGCCUCCUGUAGUCCAGUUCAAGGCGCCGGCCUUCAGAACCACCGGCGACCUCCUCCGCCUCCUGGACUUAGCUCGUAACAGUCGGGCAGCAGAUCCACGCGACAAGGUCUUUGCUGUGUUCGGGUUGAUCACAUGCCCUGAGAGCGAGGGCUUUUUGGCAGACUACACCAAAACACCCGCAGAGGUUUUCACGUCGACUGCUCUAUGGAUAGCUCAGAGGUUCGGCUUGCCGGCCCUCCUUGCGAGGGCUAUUGAUGUUGUCCGGCGUGCACCUGUGAGCGAGGCAGUCAUUUUGGACUCGGCAUGGAUACCGAACUGGACGGAGGACACGUUUCAAAGCCCGGACUCGUUGAUCCCUCAUCUCAGGAGAGAGUAUCGCUCGGUGUCUAAGGUGUCAGGGUUGCCAAUCACGGUGUCCCAGAGAGACCCUGGCGCGAUCCGAUUCCCUGCAUUCGGACUUGGACGCGUUAUUGACGAAGUCUUGGCGUACGACGAAGAAUCCUACGAGUCGUUCUCCAAAAACGUCAUAGGUCGAGCGAGGGAUGUACAUAUUCCUCCGCCGCCAUGGGUGUUUAAGAUAUUCGGCGACUACAUCGAUGGAAGGAGAGCUGCCGAGACGUAUUCAUUCGUCUUUCUAAGGAAUGACAGAGAUUUCCCUGGUCUGGCGAGCGAGGCGUAUUCACGGUGUGACAACGGCUUUCCGAUCACGUUCAAGACUCUAGAGGCUUACGCGAGCUGGAAUAAGGCCAGUAUUUACCUUCUGCCAGAGCCUGAAGACUACGGGAAGUUUCAGUUUACCCACCCGGGAACUGUGUCCGUCUUUGCGAACGGUAAAUCACUCACGUGGCUUCAUGAGAGAGUGAACGGGAGGACAACGAGGGGCAGAUUCAGCAAGUACGCAGUUUUCUGCGCGGCUGGUGACGAUGAUGGGCCAGAGCGUGUGCAGGGACUUUUGUACAUGGAUGGGACUUCCCACAUAGGCGUAUGGAAAACAGGAGAAUUUAAGUUCGUUUGUGCUAAAUAG